UUCUGUCUCAAACAUGUCGUCGGUGACAACAGCCACCUCUGAAUGGAUCCAGUUCUUCAAAGAUGCAGGGAUUCCUCCCGGUCUGGCUGUCAACUAUGCUGUGUCCUUUGUCGAUAACAGGAUUCAGAAGACCAUGCUGAUGGACCUGAGUAAGGAGAUCAUGAUGGACCUGGGCAUUACAGUCGUCGGUGACAUCAUCGCCAUCCUAAAACAUGCCAAAGUCGUUUACCGACAGGACAUGUGUAAAAUGGCCACUGAAGCCAUUUCCUCUGGUCAGACGAGCAUUCAGGCUGAGCUCAGACGAACUGCCAACACGCCUGCCACACGCAUGAUUGCCAAUGCCUUGAGCCGGGACUCCCCGCCAAGCACUCCCUCGCGUCGCCCUGACAACCGUCUCUCAGUCACCGUCUCCAACAAGACUGCCAAAACAGUUCUGUCUCAGCCUGCAGACGAGGGGAACGGACUGCCAGUGAAGCGCCGACGCGUUACUGCUGAAAUGGAGGGAAAAUACAUCAUCAACAUGCCAAAGGGCACGACGGCACGUACCCGCCGGAUCCUGGCCCAGCAGGCCAAGAAAGCCAAAGGCUUGAAGCGUACCUCUGUGUUUGAGAGACUUGGAGCAGAGUCCAAGGCAGACACCACAACAGGCAAUAAGCAGCCCACCGGAGUGUUCAGUCGACUUGGUGGAGCAGAGGAGGAAGAGGACACUGGUGUCGGGAUGAAGACAGGAGCCACUGCUGAUGGUGAUGAAGAUGACAGUGAUGGAGAAGGCUCUGUUUUACAGUAUGCUGGCGUGCUCAAACGACCCCCACCAGCAGCCAGGAAAGAGCCUGUCACCCCCAAACCUCAGCCCCCACUCACCCUCCGUCGUCUGGGCGCCAAGUAUAAAGUUCCACCCAUAGAUGCUGCCCCUGCUACCCCUACCUCCACCUCCUCCAUUCAGGAGGAGGCACCAAAAUCAAGUGUGCUGAAGAGACUGGGAAAGGCUCCACCCACCAACUCAGGCUCCACCUCUGUUUUUGCAAAAGCCAUCCAAUCAGCAGACACCCAGGACAGUUGCAUCAGCAGCACGAGGACCAGCAAGGACUGUCAGGGAGCUCAGAUGGACGUUGGGACAGUCAGCGUCUUCAAAAGACUGGGCACCAAGAAGCCCUAACGCGCAUAUCAGACACACAGACUCUUUCAUUCUUCCCACACAAACCCCAAAACACUCCAGAGUCUCAACUCCAAAAAAACAGUAAGGGUCUUCAAACACUUCGCUGUGCCACUGUGUGAGGAGACUUCAAAAACAAAUCAGAACAAAAAAAAAAGUCUGUUUGCAGUGUCAGGUGAUGGUUUAAGCUGAGAGAGCUGUUAGUGGUUCAAAAAAACAACAACAACAGACCUGACUGUGCUGAGAUCUCAGAUAUUGAUCUGCAUGCAUUAUGUGAAACAAAUGCUGCAUACACACUUUUUUUUCCCUGGUGGUUGUAGGAAUGAUUUUUUUCUUUCAUCUGACCCUGAAAUGAUGUUAUUCCUCUAACGUUUCCCUCUCUCUUUUUUGAGAGCAUCACCCUCCUGAUUCUUUCAGAGGACGCCUUUUUCCUACCGCGUGUUGUUUUCUAUUCCAGUUUGCUACACAAACAGCUUCAGGCUCUCUUUUCACACAGCCCUUUCACCGCUGGGUGACAUGAAUUAAAAAGGGUUUGAUGCCUUCACUCACCAACACCUCCCAGCUCCGCUCUGACCGGACAGUCUUCUUGUCGGAGAACAGACCUGGUUCCGAAGAAACCAGGAGAAACUUAACAUGGUUCUGAAAGACACUCAUACGACAUCACGCCAACUGCCUCAAUGCACCUCACAACCUCAGCUGUUUACUUGCUUAAGAGAAAAAAGGGAGGGAAAGAAACGGAUAGCCUGCUUGUUAAAACCCCGCCUUUUUUUUCGCUUUGACCUUGACUAAGUGGCCAUGCAGUGCAGAGAUGUCAUGUGACACGCGUUAGAGAGAGGAGAGCAGGGAAGGCGCCGCCUCCAGUUUGCGGUGCUCACGGGAGUUGGCAUGGCACUACCUGCUAACGUGCAUGGCAAAGACGGAC